AUGGCGCCGAGCAAGCUCCGCAAGGCGCUGGGCGCGGUGAAGGACCAGACGAGCAUCGGGCUGGCCAAGGUGGGCAGCGGCAGCGGCGCCGCCUCGACGGAGCUGGAGGUGGCCAUCGUCAAGGCCACCAAGCACGGCGAGAGCUUCCCCGCCGACGAGCGCCACAUCCGGGAGAUCCUGGCGCUCACGCGCUACUCCCGCGCGUACGUCGGCGCCUGCGUGGCCUCCCUGUCGCGCCGCCUCGGGCGCACCCGGAGCUGGGACGUGGCGCUCAAGACGCUGGUGAUCGUGCACCGCCUCCUCGCCGACGGCGAGCCGGCGUUCGAGCAGGAGCUCUUCUACGCCACGCGCCGCGGCACGCGCAUGCUCAACAUGUCCGACUUCUGCGGCCGCGCCCGCGCCGACGCGUGGGACUUCUCCGCGUUCGUGCGCACCUACGCCGCGUACCUCGACGACCGCCUCGAGUACCGGAUGCAGGGCAGGCAGGGCGGCGCCAACCGCUGCAAGCUGCUGCGCGACGAGCUCUACCGGUCCCCCGGCAGCCGGUUCAGCAACGACGGCGCUAACGAGAGCCGACGGGAGGACGCGGCGGCCGACGCCGACGACGCCGACGCCAAGGCGGUGGCGCUGGUGCCGAGGGACACGCCGACGAGCGAGAUGACGCUGGAACAGCUGCUCGGCAAGGUCCAUCAGCUGCAGCAUCUCCUGGACCGCUUCAUCGCUUGCCGCCCCGUGGGCGCGGCGAGGACGAACCGGGUGGUGACGGUGUCGCUGUACCCGCUGGUGAAGGAGAGCGUGCAGCUGUACUGCGAGCUCACGGAGGUGAUGGCGGCGCUCAUCGAGCAGUUCCCCGACAUGGAGACCGCCGACUGCGAGCGCGUGCACGGCGUCUUCUGCGGCCUCGUCAAGCAGCUCGACGAGCUCGACGCCUUCUACGCGUGCCCGGAGCCGGAGGCUGAGGAGCUCGACAUGAGCGCCACCAGGGCCCUUCCCGCGCCGGUGGAGCCGCCGGUUGCGGUGCAAGACGAGCACAAUUACUGCGAGGUGUCGCAUGCAGAGCAGGAGGUGCCACUGAUCGCCACCGACGUGGUCGAGGAAGAGGCGGACUUCUUGAACUUGAAGGCGGACGCCAUGUCCGGGGAAGAACACGGGCAGCUGCUGGCUCUGGCGUUGUUCGAUGGCAACCCUGCCGGAUCGGCGCCGACAUGCGACCUGUUCGACACCUCGUCGGCGGACUGGGAGACGGCGUUAGUCGAGUCGGCGAGCGCGCUCGAGAACCAGCGCGCGGUGCUCGGGGGCGGGCUCAACAUGAUGGUCCUCGACGGCAUGUACAACCACGCAACGGCGGCGAACGCACAGGUGUUCUCAGGCAGCGCGAGCAGCGUGGCUUUGCGGCCGCCCGGUACACCCAUGCUGGCGCUUCCUGCGCCGCCGGGGAUGUGGAGUGUCGCGGCAGGUGCGGACCCCUUUGCGGCGUCGAUGGUAGUGCCACCGCCGACGUACGUGCAGAUGUCCGACAUGCAGAUGAAGCAGCAACUUCUGACGGAAGAGCAGAUGGUGUGGCAACGUUAUGGCAAGAAUGGUAUGCAAGGGCAAGGGGCCCUGUCAAUGCUAGAACAACGGCCUCCCGGUGUUUACCAUCGUGCUUCUUAG